AUGGAGCGGCUAACUAGAACCAUCAACCGGGAGGUCAGUACGCAUAAUUGGGAUCCCAUUGUGUUGUCUCGGGGAGGCCCGGCGCUUAGCCAUUUGUUAUUCGCUAAUGAUGUCUUGAUUAUGGCCCAAGCUAAUGUCGCUACGGCCAAAACUGUUAAUAAAGUUCUCCAUGCCUUUGCGGAUGAAGCGGGCCUAGCGAUUAACUUGAGUAAGUCUGAAAUCAUCUUUUCAGUGUCGACCCCAACAGCUAAGCGCAAUCGGAUAUGCCAUCACCUCUUCAUUCCAAUGACGGAUGCUUUUGAUAAAUAUUUGGGCUUUCCCAUCAUUGCUGGAAGGCGUAAGGUUUCUCACUUUGAAUUCAUUAUAGAGCGUAUUUCUCGGAGGCUUCCCCCGUGGCGUGCUAAAUUUCUUAACAAGGCGGCUCGUACUACUCUGGCGCGCUCGGUUGUUUCCACUAUUCCGGUUUAUUUUAUGCAAAUUGCAUGGUUUCCGGAGAAAACUUGCCAACAAAUUGAUAGCAUCAUUAAGAGAUUUAUUUGGAGAGACCGCGAUGGUCGGGGUUUACAUCUAGUUAAAUGGCAAACAGUGGCUAAGCCGCGUCGCUUGGGGGGACUUGGUCUUCGUCAAACUCGGCAAAUGAACAUAACUAUGCUGGGGAAGAAAGUCAGCAAUUAUAUCGAAGGCACUCCUUCUCUUUGGGUUGUAGCUUUGUCACACCGAUUUGGAAGGGGUUACGAGGGGAUCAAAGGGUCUAAGACCCAAUCCUCGUCUGUCUGGACUGCAUUGAGGAGGUGUUUUUCCAUCAUUGCGAAUGGUUUCACCUACAGGUUAGGUAAUGAGGAGACCAAUUUCUGGGAGGGAAUUUAUCUUCAAGGUAAACCUAUCAAUUGUCUUGUUGACUAUGUCCAUAUAUCGGACUCUGAUAAAUCUUGUUGUCAGUUGAUCGUUAAUGGACGGUUUGAUCUUCAGUCGUUACACACGCCCUUCCCAGAUCACAUUAUUAAGGCCCUGACGGACGCGAGGAAUAUUUAUCUUCAUCCUUAUGUGCCUGAUAGGUGGUGUUGGUCGGUUGGUAGUAUUGGGAAAUAUUCUGUGGCUUCUUGCUACGACUGGCUGUUAAAUUAG